GGCCUAUCAAGGGGAAAGACAAAGCAACAACAUUCGACGUACCUCUUCCACGAACAAAAGACACAAGCCCAUCAAUGUCCACUGUUCUCACUGAACAAGGUCUCUCCUGCAUGCUUACGGACGAAUAUAAUAUGGACAUUGAAAAAUAUGAUUACACGAGGAUAGAUUUUAUUAUCCAUCCUCGUCAGCACUUGCCACCUUAUCCCAUCAACAGUACCGCGCUCAAGCCUGCUACGAUAGCCGCCCACCACCCAGACCUAGAUAUUGCGACCGCGUCAUUAUGGCUCGUAUUGUUAUCAUCGGCGAUUGCUUGGCCGCCUACAGCAGGAGGUACAUCGAGGCCGGGAAAGUUGACGAGACCAGGGUCGUCCGGUCCAGCAGUGAGGUUGUCUCCGUUCUUGGAUGUCGUGAUAUUCCAAGGCGUGUUGCCCGCUACGAACAAGUUCAGUUCAAGGUAG